AUGACAGAUAAAGAGCCUGGGAGUCUCGAGACACGCAUGUCGUCUCUCAAAAUCAGUCAAGGAGAUCGUACAUCUGGAACACACACGUACAGGCAGCAAGGUGCAACAGCUCUGCUGAAUACUACGUUGCUUGCCUCGCAACAACGCAAGGCAGCUCCUCAGCCAUUUCAACCUCGUCCCCUUAAGACUGCUCUCAAAUCUGACUUGACCCCAUUGCAACAACGAGCACCGCUGACAUCAAAACAUGCUGUUGGAAACGUCCCUUCUUCUGGGCAGCAGCUCGACCGCCCCCUCCCGCGCUCAUCAUCUCAAACCAGACUGCGUCCUGCGUCUACAUUCUCAGCAUCUUCCUCUAGUGGCGCUGACGCAAAAGGAUCACGCGGCCCCUCUUCCAAUUCUAAUGGCAUGAGUACAUCAUCUGCACCAGCACCCAAACUGGACCUAGGACAUUACGAUGGAGGUCUUGAGCGGGACGAGCUAAAGGGGCGUCGAGAUGCGUCGAAGGAGGAAGAGGACGGUUUUCUGGCCAUGGACUCUUCUAUGGAUGGAUUGAAGCAUCAACCAACAAGGCCAUGGAGUUUAUCACAGUUUGAGAUUGGUCGUCCUCUGGGCAAAGGUAAAUUUGGACGAGUAUACUUAGCUCGUACCAAGCCUGAGGCUUCUGGCAAGCUUGGUAAUCAAGGCUACGUUGUCGCUCUCAAAUGCGUGUACAAGAAGGAGCUUGUGGAAAAUAAGGUGGAUCUGCAGCUUCGCCGUGAGAUCGAAAUCCAAAUGAAUCUGCGCCAUCCCAAUGUCCUGCGAAUGUUUGGCUACUUCCAUGACCACGGCCGAAUUUUCAUGAUGCUGGAAUUCGCUGGACGAGGAGAACUUUUCAAAAUAUUGUCAAAACUUCCUGAUCGACACUUUGAUGAGCCUACAGCUGCCAAAUAUAUUGCUCAGAUUGCUGAUGCCCUGCAGUAUUUGCACUCGAAGCAUAUUAUUCACCGUGAUAUUAAGCCUGAGAAUUUGUUAGUGGGUAUCCGUGGCGAAGUUAAGAUCGCCGAUUUUGGCUGGAGUGUACAUGCGCCUAGUAACCGACGUGCUACGCUCUGUGGGACUUUGGAUUACUUGCCUCCUGAGAUGGUGGAAGGCAAAUCCCAUGGCGGCGCCGUUGAUUUGUGGGCGAUGGGUGUGCUCACUUAUGAAUUUUUGGAAGGAGUUCCGCCAUUCGAAGAGCUAAGUGGUGCCAGCAUGACAUAUAAACGGAUUGCCUCUGUGGACCUACAUAUACCUGAGCAUUUUAGUGAGGAGGCCAAGGAUCUGGUUCGCUCCUUGCUUCGGUACAAUCCAGCUGAUCGGCUCCCUCUAUCCAAAGUGCUACGUCACCCAUGGAUUACAAAGUACGACCCAAACGCCUAUCCCCGUGCCAGUAAUUUAUGA